UUGAUGUUAUCUUAUAAACUUAUAUCGGUUGCAGAGGGCCUGCAAAGAUCCGAAGCAGUGUUCGGCUGUUGGAAAGCACGUGUCUCACUAAAGACUCUGUAACUGACUGCUAAUGAGGAUCAGAUAGCUGUUAAUGUGCUGUAGAUUGGCUGAAGAGACUGAACGGGGCACAAAAAAAAAACAAAAAAAAACACACACAGUAGAGUGUGAAUACAUAAAACCGUAAACCAGAGACUACGUUCUACUAGUUUGCCUUUAAACACUGAACCACUCAAACACACAGACUUUAAAGAACAGGUUUGUUUUUCAAAAGCGAUGUUAAAAGUUGGAGAAUAUUUCAUUUCUGUAAAUCAUUAUAUAAGCGCGCGUUUCCCUGAGUAUCUCGGGUGCCUUGUGUUAAUUACUAGAUGUCUAAUUAAAUUAAUGUCAUACGAGUCGGCCAAUAGGACAGGGGAGGCUGAGGACUCAAAUCCAUGUAUAUUCAAACGCUCCUCCCCUGAAAGCCUGUAGCAAAUGGAAGUGCCAAGAAGGCGAAUAUAUAAGUGGUCUGAACCGGUUUCAUUACCUGCAGAUAGUAAAACUAAUUUGUGAAAAGCUGGAGGUGGGGGCGAUAGGGUUAAGUGUAGUAGGGAGACGAGCGAACAAGUCAUUUGCAUUGCUAUAUGUUUGUCUUAAUCAAUUUUCUCUAUGCAUUGUACAUAUGCAUUUUAAACUGGAUCCCUUUAUUUUUGUACCUUGCUGAUUUCUUAUUUAUUUUCAAAGGAUGCAGUUAGAGUCGGUCUUGCCCAGCACAACUCUUGGUAUACCCAAUACUUUUUUUAAUCGAUCUCAGUCCGAAAGGAUCAAUAAUAGCCCGGGAUCAACACAGCUAGAUUUCCAGGACGUAGAUAGGACUGACUCUGACCAAGGGAGAGGGUCAAAAAAGUUUAUGAUCGGCGGCAGCAUGCUGAGUGAAGGGGACAGCGAAAACUUCUCUGGGACCAAAGCCGCACCAGACGGGCACAAACGUUCCCCCGUGGUGGGAGAGGAAGACCUAUCCAGCAGCGGUCGUUACAAUUUAGAUGGACUGAUUUCAGAAAGAUAUUUCCUGUCGUCCACGUCUCAGCAGAGUACAGACGUUGGUAACCCAUGCUCCCUCUUCCCCUAUACGGGACAACCCGGGGCAUUAUACUCUGGUCCUAACGGCACCCGGUACCCUUCCUCUCUCCACUAUGGAUCUAUGCUGCCCCCGACCGGGUUUACCUCUGCUGUCUGUGCCGGGAGGAAUCAAUUUAGUCCGGGGUAUCAAUUUACACAAGGCACGGGGUCUCUAUAUUCAUCAUACUCAGGAUCAGUCUCAGCUAUGGGCUCCAUUUCGAUCCCUGGGACAGAGACCGGGAUGCGGGCUCAAGUCUACCUCUGUAACCGGCCCCUGUGGCUGAAGUUUCACCGGCAUCAGACCGAAAUGAUCAUCACUAAACAGGGCAGACGUAUGUUCCCUUUCCUAAGUUUCAACAUGACCGGUCUGAACCUCACAGCUCACUACAACGUGUUUGUUGAAGUUGUCUUGGCUGAUCCAAAUCAUUGGCGGUUUCAAGGAGGAAAAUGGGUAACCUGCGGGAAAGCUGACAAUAAUAUGCAAGGUAACAAAAUGUACGUGCACCCCGAGUCCCCCAACACCGGAGCACACUGGAUGAGGCAGGAGAUCUCGUUUGGUAAACUGAAGCUAACGAAUAACAAAGGCGCCAACAACAGUACCCAGAUGAUAGUCCUACAGUCUCUACACAAAUAUCAGCCCCGCCUUCAUAUUGUUGAGGUCACUGAAGAUGUUGAAGAUAUGAGCAGUGAGUCAAAGACACAGAUGUUUACCUUCCCAGAAAACCAGUUCAUAGCAGUGACUGCUUACCAGAAUACAGAUAUCACACAGCUGAAAAUUGAUCACAACCCUUUUGCAAAAGGUUUCCGGGACAAUUAUGAUUCAAUGUACACAGCUCCAGAAAGUGACAGACUUACCCCCUCCCCAACCAAUUCCCCUCGAUCCCACCAGAUUGUACCUGGUGCUCGCUAUGCAGUCCAGCCUUUCUUCCAGGACCAACUGGUCAACAACCUGCCGACAAGCAGGUUCUACAAUGGUGAGCGAACAGUGCCCCAGACGAAUGGCAUCCAGUCCCCUCAUACAGAAGAUCUUGGCACCCCUUCAACGCAGAGGUGGUUUGUCACUCCGGUUCAACAGACUGGCUCCAAUAAACUGGACCUUCCCUCUUACGAGAGUGACUACUCCCCCGGCACCCUGCUGCCCUACAGUAUCAAAUCCUUGCCCCUCCAGAGUUCCCAUGCCCUCGGCUAUUACCCAGACUCUGCCUUUGCUUCAGUGGCAGCAGGGUGGGGCACAAGAGGCACUUACCAGCGGAAAAUUACCACUGGGUUGCCCUGGUCCCCAAGACCAAGCCCCUCUGGCUUUCUGGAAGAUCACCUGUCCAGCAAAGACAAGCCAAGGGAAGAGACCAACUCCACUUUGUGGAUCGACCCCUCUCCUUCCGUUAAGUCCUUGGACUCUUCAGAUUUUGACGUUUACUCCGCUGUCUGUAAAAAGAGACGCAUCUCCCCCAGCUGUUCAAGCACUGAAAACUCCCCUACCAUCAAAUGUGAGGACAUUAGUUCUGAUGAACAUGGCAAAGAGAGCUCAAAAUCCAUGGGUUACUAUGCUUUCUACACAAGCCCUUAACUGUUUAGUUCAGUUUUUUUAGUUUUUCUCAAUGCUUGAAUAGUCUGAACUUGGAUGGUUCCAGGUGUGUCCCAUUAGUGUGCCAAAAUGAAUAUAUAUUUUGCCUUCCACCUUUUUAUGUAUGCCAUUGUGUAUUUCUUGCUGAAGGUGCCAAAGCUAUUUGAUUGAUUGCUUCAAGCAAGUUGUACUUGCAUAUUUUUUUUUUUGUGACAAAAGCAGUAUUUAGUAAUUCUUUUUAAUACAUGCAUGCCCAACUUUUUCUUAUUUGCAACUGGUUUUAUUUAUUGAAAGCUAUCAUGUACAGUUUGUGUACUGUAGAAUGUGAGGUCUCUUGUACAAAGUGUCUACAUAGCGAUGUCU